CAUUGGAGAACACAGCUUAGCUCUCUGAACACACACCUGCCUGUAGAUACAUGAAAACAUCACAGGUUUACAUUUACCCUUUUUUCUUCACCGGACAUUGAUGCAUUGUCCUCAUCGGUCGCCGUAGCGGUCCAUCCGAUCGUUGUUGCUGUGCUUGCAUCCUCCUCGCAUCCAAAGGCUGAUCUACGCUCCAAGAUGGCUGAGCUGAAUCUGGGGAAGGGUCUGACAGCAGGGAAAGUGGCCAGCAACGUUCAGAAAAGACUAACGAGAGCCCAGGAGAAGGUUCUACAGAAGCUUGGCAAAGCCGAUGAGACCAAAGAUGUUGCGUUUGAGGAGGGGGUGAUCAACUUCAACAAACAAUAUGCUGAAGGUAGCAAACUGCAGCGGGACCUCAGGGCGUACCUGGAGGCAGUGAAAGCCAUGCACGAGUCCUCCAGAAACGUCCAGGCGUGUUUGGCUGACAUGUACGAGCCCGAGUGGCACGGCGCAAGAGAAGUGGACUCCAUCGUAGAGGACUGUGAUGUGCUGUGGACCGACUACCACCAGAAGCUGGUUGAUCAUGCUCUCAUCUCCAUGGACACCUACCUGGGCCAGUUCCCUGACAUCAAGGCACGUAUAGCAAAGCGGGACAGGAAGCUGGUGGAUUAUGACAGCGCCAGACACAACUAUGCCAUCACACACAAGGCCAAGAAAAAGGAUGGGGGCAUUAAAUUAACCAAGCCUUCCACGUUGUUGGAGAGAGCCACGCCGGGCUGGGCUCAGGGUAUCUUGUCUGCACACAACGUGGCCCAGAGCAGUCUGUCCAAGAGCCAGGCUGAGGAAGAGCUGGAGAGAGCCCAGAAAGUGUUUGAGGACAUUAACAUUGACUUGCAGGAGGAGUUACCUUCACUGUGGAACAGUCGGGUCGGGUUUUACGUGAGCACCUUCCAGAGUCUGGCCGGCUUUGAGGAGAAAUUUCACAAGGAAAUAAGCCGGUUGGAUCAGGAUUUGUACGACGUUUUGGAGAAACUGGAGAAAACAGACCCAACCAGAAAGACAGGUAACCGCGGUGCCUCAUCGUCAGGAGCAAACAGGAGUGGGAGGGAUGCAUCGAACCACACUCUAAGGCCAGGAGGACCUCCACCAAUCCCCAAAUCUCCAUCCAAACUAAGGCCGGCAGUGCCUCCUCCUCCUAAGGUGACUCCGUCUAAGGAGAUGAAAACAGAAAACAUCAUCAACCUGUUUGACUCUGCAGCCACUCCUGAUAUCAACGUAACCUCGCCCACAGAGCCUGCAAACUGGGACUCAUGGCAUGAGGACAGUGGGGAGCCUGAAGAAGACACCCAGCAGCACUAUGACCCGGUGGCUGCUGCUGCAGAUGCCUGGGGGGACGACGGCAGGCAGCCUGUCCGCUAUGACCCCAUAGCGGCGGCCUCAGAGGGCUGGGGCGAUGACGGGACCAAACCGGUGCGCUAUGAUCCCGGGGCCGAGGCUCAGGAGGAGGAGGCGGAUGAGGAUAGUCAGCAGGCUCAUUACGACCCCGUGGCUGAGGCUCAGAAGGGCUGGGAUGAUGACGAGAGCCAGCAGGUCACAGAAGAGCCAGCAGCUGAGGCUCCAGCUGAGGAAGAGGAAACGCCAGCUGCUGCUGCGCCGGAUGAUGAAGAGGGUCAGGGUGAGUCUGCAGCAGCUGCUGCAGCCACAGAGGAAGAACCAGCAGCAGAGGAGGUGAAAGAACAAGCAGCAGCACCAACAGAAGCUCCAUCUGAGGAGGAAGAAAUGCCAGCUGGCUUCCUCUUCAAGGUCCAGGUGAUGCACGACUACGCUGCCAACGAUACAGACGAGCUGGAGAUGAAGGCUGGCGAUGUUGUGCUAGUAAUCCCCUUUGACAACCCAGAAGAACAGGAUGACGGCUGGCUGAUGGGAGUCAAGCAGGACGACUGGCACCAGAACAAAGACAACGCCACCAAAGGAGUAUUCCCCGAAAACUUCACCCAAAGGCUGUGAGAGAGGAGGACGGGACGUCAUUCCAGCUUCCUCCUUCAUGUCUCUCUCUUCUCUCGCCUCGACCCUCUCCUCUCUCUCGCCCUGAUACUGUAUCUUUAAAAGGACUUUGGCCAUAGAAGCAGAGCUGUCACAGUUCUGGCUGAAAUCGUGCAUUUCUAAGGUCUGCUACACUGUGCUCAAAGUGGAUCUUGGCAUUUCUGUGGAUUUCUGCCAUCAUUUACACAUAACUGUAGCCAUUUCACUCGUCCCACUCCAUGUUAAAGCUCACACUGGUGGAGCAGUGGUUCUCAACCUUGGGGACAGGACCCCCUUUGGGUCGCGAGACAACGAGAGGGGUUCUCCAGAUUCUCUUAAAAAAACUAGGAAUUUUUUUACAUUACAUCUUUGGCAUGUUACACAAAUUUAGCCAAAUUUUAAUCAAUUUUUAUCAUUUUUCCCACAAAUUUUAACACAUUUCUGCCAGUUGAAAACUCAUUUUUGCCCAUUUUUAACCCUUUCCACCACUUUUUUAUUCCUGUUUUUGCCACUUCUAAACCAAUUCUUGCAACUUAAGCCUAAUAUUACCUCUGUGACCCAUUAUUGCCACUACUUACCUCAUUUUAUCACUUUUUAUGCCCAAUCUAUUCCAUUUUAACCACAUUUCACUAUCUAAUAUGCCCAUUUUUUUCAGUUGAACUAAUUUCCAGCCUUUUUUGUCUUUCUCAGUUAACAGUUUUUGCCAGUUUAUAUUAAACUUUCAUCCCAUUUCACCAAAUUUUCACCCAUUUUUGCCUAUUUGAAGCCUCAUCAUCUGACUCUCCUUUACCACUAUUUAUGCUUUUUUUUUUUUUCAAUUUUAAUCUAAUUUUUGCCUCUUCUAACCCAUUUCUUCUACUUUUAAAAUCCA